AUGAGAAGAAGAUGGUCCUUUUACACGAAUAUUUUACCAGUUGUUGUGAUUAUAGGCAAUGAAUGUAUUGACAUGAGUUUACUCACUUUGUUCAAAGCAGCAACACUUGAAGGAAUGAACAAUCAUGUCUUUAUUGCUUAUGCUUAUGCUCUUGGUACUUUUGUUCUUCUCCCUGUCACUCUUUUCACCAGAAGAUCAAGAGUGGUUCCUGUUCCACUCAGUUUCUCCGUAAUAUGCAAAAGUUUCCUUCUUGGGGCAAUAGGAUGUGCAUCACAGAUUCUGGAGUAUAUCGGCGUUAGUUACAGUUCUCCAACACUUUCUUCAGCAAUUGCUAAUUUGGUACCUGCUUUCACUUUCAUACUAGCUGUCUCUUUCAGGAUGGAAAAGUUAGCUUUAAAGAGUAAAAGUAGUAAUGCUAAAGUAGUUGGAAGCAUAAUAUCAAUAGCAGGUGCUUUUGUCUUGACUUUCUACAAAGGACAAUCCAUCUUGAAUUCCUCACCACUUCAUCAACCAAUUCAAUUUCUCAAGUCAGUCGAUUCAAGUUGGGUCGUUGCUGGCAUUCUGCUAAUAGUUGACUAUUUUCUGGUUUCUCUAUGGUACAUUUUACAGGUACACAUCUUGCAAGAGUUCCCAGAUGAAUUAACAUUAGUCUUGUUAUACUCUACCACUGCAACAAUCAUAUCAACAGUUGUAGCUUUGUUAUCAGUUCCAAAUGCAAGUGCUUGGAAAAUAGGACUAAAUCUCUCACUCGUCUCCAUUGUUUCCUCUGCAAUUUUUGGAAAGUUAAUAGGCAACAUAGUUUCUGCAUGGUCAAUUCACUUAAAGGGAGCGGUCUAUGUAACCUCAUUCAACCCACUGCAAAUUGUUAUUUCUGUUAUCUUGGGAGUUAUAUUCCUCGGUGAUUCUCUUUAUGUUGGAAGUAUAAUAGGAGCCACAAUCAUUUCAAUUGGGCUUUAUGGUGUAUUAUGGGGCAAAGCAACAGAAGAGAUAGAGGAAGAUGUUGGUAUCCUAGACUCACCAUCUACAGAGAAUGCACCUCUUUUGCAAAGUUAUGGAACUCAAACUUUUGAAAAGAAAAAAGAUGGAAAUGUUUAA